CUUUUUCGACUUCUCUUCAUUUUCCAGAUUCUGGUUUCCACCCUCCGAGGUAAUCGGUUUUUGAUUCCUCCUUGAUCGUUUAUGAGUUGGAUUUCUCAACUCAAUCUCACUCUCUCAACCUAGAACAACAUACCCAGAAUCUGGUGCGAAAGAGAACCUAGGAUCUGCAAAUCUGAAACUUUUCUUGGGAUUCUCCCUCAACCCAUAAACCAAAGCUUUUUCUUCCAGAACUUCCCUGCUCUUGCUUUACUACUCUUGCUCCUGCUCCUGCUCUUGCUUCUCCAUGGAAGAAGACGACAAAGGAGAAGCAGAGUCAUCAUCACCAUCAUCGCCGCCGAUCUUGGAAGGAAGGGGAAGGGUUCGAGAAAAACCCAGAUCUGGGUUUGCUAGUUGCCCUGUUUGGUUGCUAAGAAACAACAAGAUACGACAACAAUGUAUUAAAUUUGGUGGGUUUGAGAAAAACCUAGAGUUUGGUGGGUUUGAGGAGCUUGAGGCACUGGUGGAUGUGGAGAAUAUUGGGUCACAGAGGGUGCUGGAGAAGGCUGGGUUUACAAGGGAAGGGUUGCUGGUUUGCUUGGAGCUUGGAGGAGAUGCAGGAGAAAGAAGAAAGGAAGGUUGGAGGAUGAGGAUGAGGGCAUUUAAGUAAUUUUAUUUUUUAAUGUAUUAACUGAUUAAAAAAAUGGGAGUUUU